UAAAUAAUGAUUGGUGAUGGUCGGCAGCGGAACUACGUUAUGUAUGCCUUAAUUAUUGGUUCCCCGUAAGCGGUAAACUGCUUGAGUCCAAGACCCCUUGCCGGUGAGUGAGUCAUGGACAUGGAUGUAACUUGAUAGCAUCAAAUGAUAAACUGAUCUGCCUGUUAGAUGCCCGAAUAGCUUGCCCCAACAGGAAAGCCGCCAGGCAUCCAUCACUAUGACUAAGCUGCGGUUCUCGUGUUAUAAGUUAAUAGCAGGCUAAGUCGAAGCAAUUUUCAUAAUUAAUUAUUCUAAAUUCAUGAUUCGCCACGAGGGGUGAGUCAGUAUGAUUAAUUAACGGUCGGAACUUAAUGAGACACCGAUUACAAGUUGCUGAUAAUGAGGAAAAAUACCAAUACCAAAACUUACAGCAGCUCUGUCGAGAAUGCUGUUAUUGAUGUUCGUAGCAAGUGCAAAGUUAUGAUUACCAAACACUACAGUAUCAAAAUAUACAGAUCUGUCCAUAGGUGGAGUCUCCGUCCAGCCAAUCCCGCCCGCCCUCAGGUCGAGUGCAAAAUCAUAGCGCCAAGUAUAUCACGUGACUAUAAUGAAGCGAAGCCCUACCCACACAAAAUUUACCCGCCCAAAAGGCUCUACAAGCGACCACGACAACUAUCAAGUUCAGUUUCUCGAGCACGACAGCCCAUCAAGAUGCCGAGCCAAAAGUCCUUCCGCACCAAGCAAAAGCUUGCCAAAGCCCAGAAGCAGAACCGUCCCAUUCCUCAAUGGAUCCGUCUUAGGACUGGUAACACCAUCAGGUAAAUUCACCUCGCCUGCGUGCUGUUUGUCGAGCCGGGAUAAGUGCUCUAUCAAGAAGGACGUGAAACAAGGGAUAUUCGAUAAAAGAAAUCACACGAAUCUCAGCAGCACUUAUUGCAGCCCUCAUAAAUGCAGCACCAUCACUUCAAUCCAAACAUAUGCUAACUGCAUUCUUUUCCAGAUACAACGCCAAGAGAAGGCACUGGCGCAAGACCCGUCUGGGUAUCUAAAUUCGUCAAUUUUCCUGCAGUAUCCUCGGAGCCCUUUUUAUCUCGACUAGUUAUUGACUCGAUCUGUUCGCUUUUUCCUCGCCAGUUCGACUGUCUUUGACCCAAAAAGGUGGCUGAUGAAAUGAUGGGCCCGGUUUUCUAUUUGCGUUACACCUAUGUCGAUUAAUGCCGUACCCACGCAAUAUUUUCUUUCCAUCCGGAACCAGCAACGGGUUGAUUGGUCAUAUCAAUAAAGUUCUCUUGCGGCAGUUCUCAUUUCUUAAUGGGUGGCGCAGGUAUUAAACAAAAUAUGAAAUGAAUUAUGGCGUCGAGGGCUCUCUCUGUGUGUGGAGGAUGCGUGGACUAUCAUCCUCGUAAAGGAUUCAGACUAUAGUAAUGAAAACUCUUAGGAUGGACCCUUUCUAGUCCUGGUCAUGAAAUGAAAUCAUAAACGAUGUAAUUUGAAUUUAUACGAGCAUUAAUACCGGCAUAUUCUGCGAUACAAGCAGAUAUGUUGUAACCUGACACUUAACAGAUGACAACACGGGCUUGUUUUAACGCAUAUUAGAG